GGCUGCGGUGCUACAUAUGCAGAACACACAACCCAAGCUAACACAUUUCUGGAGCUUUCGUUUGCUGUAGGCCUUUCGUACUGUCAAGCAAGCCUAUAGGAAUGUUAUUUGCCACUGCAGCUGUUUGCGUCUUCCUGGCCUUUCCCUGGCUGAGUCUCGCAGAUGAGGCACCAUGCACAGUUCACGACGGGGGCAACUAUUACGACCUAAACCCUCUGAAAGCCAGUAAAGACUAUGAAUUCACAACGGAAGGCGGGCACCAAUUUUACAUGAACGUCUGUAAAAGCGUUACAACUGAUACCUGGAAUAUCGACGUUCCGAAUCCCGGAGAUGUUGCUGGAUUCAUACGCAGAGACCACGGUGAUCUAUCAGUAGGGGUGGUAAAUACCACACUAGAAAUGAAGGAGGGUGGCUUGAUGAUGCGCUUAUCCGAAGGCUCACGAUGCCCCAACUCUGACAUGCUGGCAUCGACCUUCAUUCGCUUCAUAUGCGAUAACUCAGUCUAUGCUGCAGGUAAACCUGCUUUGUUGGAUCAAUUUCCCAGUGAUGACGAGAACGCAUGCCACUUUGAGUUUGAAUGGAAAACUCAUUACGCAUGCCCCGUUGGAGAGAGGGGUAUCAUCUCAGGGAUACUCAUAUUCGUCAUAAUAACCUCACUCAUCGCCCUCAUGAUUUUCAUCGUCGGCAGCACGCUCUAUAACCGUUUCGUCCUACGCCGCCGAGGGUUCGAGCAAGUCCCAAAGUUCUCCUUCUCACAGUUCUCUGAGCUGCUAUCCAUUUGCGGCGAUUUCAUUCAAGAAUCGAUCGAUCGACUGCGCAGUUCACGUCCCAGCGGUCCCAACUCUUUCUCUCACCACUGGAACGGAGGUGACGACGUCAGCGGUGCAGGCAGAGGGUUUACAAGGGCAACAGGCACAAGGGAAGAAGAGGAGGUCAUGAUUGGCUCCCAGGAGGAUGAGGACGAGGGUAGAGAGCUACAUAAUGUACACGAUGCGCAUGUUUGGGGCACUCAUCCUGAGCAAAGCCCGCAGCCAGAAGGGAUGGAUUCCCAAGGAGUGAUCCGGCUGUGAUUCAGUGAAGUUGUACUGCUAACUUAUAUUGGUUGACAUCAUUAUGCACACUGUCUACGUAUACUGUCUUUGUCUUUUAAUGUUUUCCAGGAGCUGGAUACGUAUAUAUUUCAUGGGAAGUGUGUAUGU